AGUUUCUCAUUGCAGGGUGAGAGCUCUGAGUUCCGGUGUAAGAGAAAAGAGACGUGGCGAAAUUGCUGUAUAUCUCUGCCCUAUAAGCACAUCUCUCAUUUAGACUGAAGGGAAACAAGGCAUCAAAAAGGCUGCGCAAACCAUGCAGGAUGAUUUACUGAUGGACAAAAGCAAAGCCCAGCCCCAGCAGCAGCGGCAGCAGCAGCAGCAAGAUCCAAACUCAGCAGAAGCCCCCUCUACGCCCAUCUCGUCAGAGACGCCCAAGCCAGAAGACAACAGCUCAGUGACUAGUAUCGGCACAUCGGCUCCUUCCCAAAAUAGCAAGGAGAAGAUGCAGAUGGAGUCUCCCAUUUUGCCUGGCUUGAGCUUUCACCAGCCUCAACAAGAACCUGCAGCCGGCACCUCCUUGUCUCCCUCCUUUGGCAGCACCUGGUCGACGGGGACCACAAACACGGUGGAUGAUAGCUUUUUCCAGGGGAUUACUCCGGUCAAUGGAACAAUGCUUUUCCAGAAUUUUCCGCACCAUGUCAACCCUGUAUUUGGUGGCACUUUCUCUCCUCAAAUUGGCCUAGCUCAGACUCAACACCACCAACAUCAGCAGCAGCAGCAGCAAGCUCAGCAGCAGCAGCAGCAGCGGAGGUCUCCUGUGAGCCCUAAUCAGGCACCUUUUGCCCAGAGAAAUGCUGCUUACAGCCAUCAGCCCAUCAUGACCAGCAAACCGUCUUCCUCUUCUGCAUCCUCUUCUUCUUCCUCCAGCUGGAAUAACCAUCAAAAUGCAGCUUGGAGUACACCUUCCAACCCUUGGGGUGGGCUGCAGGCUGGUAGGGACCCUCGAAGGGCAGUUGGAGUGGGGGUCGGCGUGGGAGUGGGGGUCGGUGUACCCUCCCCCCUCAAUCCCAUUUCACCCCUUAAAAAACCAUUCUCCAGCAAUGUCAUUGCCCCUCCGAAGUUCCCACGGGCUGCACCCUUAACCCCCAAAUCCUGGAUGGAAGACAACGCGUUCAGGACGGACAAUGGCAACAAUCUGUUGCCUUUUCAGGACCGGAAUAGGCCCUAUGACACUUUUAACUUGCACUCUUUGGAAAAUUCCUUAAUGGAUAUGAUAAGGACUGAUCAUGAGCCUCUGAAAGGUAAACACUACCCUCCCAGUGGCCCACCAAUGAGUUUCGCUGAUAUAAUGUGGAGGAAUCAUUUUACAGGGCGUAUGGGAAUAAACUUCCAUCAUCCAGGAACGGAUAAUAUUAUGGCCCUUAACAGUCGGUCUUCACUCUUUCCUUUUGAAGAUGGCUUCCUAGACGACAGUCACGGUGAUCAGUCUUUAUCAUCGGGUCUCAGCUCUCCAACACGCUGUCAGAAUGGUGAAAGAGUGGAACGCUAUUCUAGAAAGGUGUUUGUUGGAGGUCUUCCUCCUGACAUUGAUGAAGAUGAGAUCACUGCCAGCUUUCGUAGGUUUGGACCUCUUGUGGUGGACUGGCCUCACAAAGCUGAAAGCAAGUCAUAUUUUCCACCUAAAGGCUAUGCCUUCCUGCUGUUCCAGGAAGAAAGCUCUGUACAAGCUCUGAUAGAUGCCUGUCUGGAAGAAGAUGGGAAACUUUACCUGUGUGUAUCAAGUCCCACAAUUAAGGAUAAACCAGUGCAAAUUCGACCUUGGAACCUAAGUGACAGUGACUUUGUGAUGGAUGGGUCUCAGCCUUUGGACCCAAGAAAAACUAUUUUUGUUGGAGGAGUUCCACGGCCCCUCCGAGCUGUUGAAUUGGCAAUGAUUAUGGACCGUUUAUACGGAGGUGUCUGCUAUGCUGGCAUUGAUACAGACCCAGAGUUGAAGUACCCAAAAGGUGCUGGCAGAGUGGCUUUCUCUAAUCAGCAGAGCUAUAUUGCUGCUAUCAGUGCUCGCUUUGUCCAGCUCCAACACAAUGACAUUGAUAAACGGGUGGAAGUGAAGCCAUAUGUGCUGGAUGAUCAGAUGUGUGAUGAAUGCCAAGGCACUCGCUGUGGUGGAAAAUUUGCUCCGUUCUUUUGUGCCAAUGUUACCUGUUUGCAGUAUUACUGUGAAUACUGCUGGGCAAGCAUACACUCUCGUGCUGGGCGAGAGUUCCACAAACCACUGGUAAAGGAGGGAGGUGACCGACCCCGCCACGUGCCGUUCCGCUGGAGCUGAACCCCAGGCCUCCCCAGCAACAAGUACUGGAGUAGAUAAAAUCGAGGGAAAAAGAGAGCGCUGCCUCAGGGCUUAGUGUUCUGGAAAUUUGUGCAUUCGUCCUCGACUUUAAUGAAGAUAUGGGUCUUUUUAUUACUAUUAUUAUUAUUUACAGUCACAUUACUGAACUCAGUGUCCAGUAUGAUACAAACCGGCAGAGUGUAACUGUACUGAUUUUGCACUUUGAUUCACACAAACAUCUGCUUGGUACCUUAAUUUCCUACACAAGACUUGUCACUAGUGACAUUAUGUAGACUGCCAUUCUCAUCAGCCUUCACUGGGUUGAUGUGUAUGUGAUGAAGAUUUUUUUUAUUAUAAUUAUAGUUAUUUUUAUUUUUAAACUGGAGCAUGCACUUAUUUUCAGAAAUUUAGACUUGCCCCUAGCAGAUGACUUACCAAAGGUAAUAUUCACAAGUAGGUGGCAGAUGUAGCAAAAACUUAUCAGAUAUUCAGCAAUCGUUCGUUUGGGUCAUUUAGCGUAGUAAUAACCCUUAAAGAAAAUAAGCCUUUAGUUGCUCUCCAUUUUUGACUUGUAAGGAUGAUACCUCAUAAGCUGGAUCAGACUUUUUUUUCUUUUGUUUUGCUGAGGGUUUUUCUUUUUUUUUUUUCUUUUUUUUUUUUUGUUAGGUCUUUUAGUGUUAUGUAAAUGUAUGCUGCAAUAGCUUUUGCUGCUAUUAAAAUGGUAUUACUAAUACCAUAAUACUCUAUUCAGGCUAGGGUAUCAAUUAAAAAAUGAAUAUGUGAUUAAACUAGUGAUGGCUGCUGAAAGGAGAUCAGUAUAGCAUACAGAAAAGCUUCCAAGGAAGGUCAAUAUUUUUUGACUGCAUGUUUACUUAAUCAGGUUGCUGCAUGCAAUAAAUUUUAUAUAUGUCUAAUAUAAAACCUGCCCACAAUGCACAAAUUACAAGUCUACUUAGGUGACAAAAUAUUGAAUAACAAAGAAAAAAAACUGAUUACUGACUGGAGGAAGGCAUGCCUCAGUAAAUGUAAUGCUUCUGAAAUUAGGAUCAGCCCAUUACAGAAUGACCUAUACUACAACAAAUAUAAAAACUAGCUGUAGGAUAUUCAUAAAACAAAUUUGUGGAUGGUAGAUGAAGUACUUUGCGGUGCUCUGUUAUAUAUCGUGCAAUUUAUUUUAUAUAGUAAGGUGAUUAUGUCUAGUACUGUGAUCAAACUUAACUGUUAAAGCCUCUGUAUCCGACAUUAACACACUCUUGACAGUUCAUAACAGGUACAUAAACAGAAAUGAGCUCUUAGUUACAAUCUCUCUCCUAACGCUUGCACCAGUUAUGUAGUUGCAGACUUUGUCCAGAAAACCAAAGAGCUCAUACUAGCAUACAUACACUACCAAUUAGAUAGUCUGUCAACCUAAUGAACUAGGCACAUUUAAGAAAGUUAGAAAAAGAAGUGGUGCUAAAGAAAUGUCUGCAUAUAAAAGUAACAUGAGAUGUCUGCUCUGUGGAUGUGGCGUUAUCUCUCUAAUCCCUGGAUGUAUCCUGUGAAGCUUGAACACAAUUAAGACCUGCUAACACAGUGGACAUUUUUUUAGCAUGAACUAUGGGGCUGCAGAUAGCAUAUAAACACACUUGGUAUACUAAUGAUUGUGAGAAUGUGUACACUAUUUUUCUUUUUUUUUUCCUUUGUUUUUGCAGUUCUGGGGACAAUCUGACUGGAUAUGACACCGCAUAGUAGAUUUAAAUGUUCUGGGUUUUGUUUGUCGUGAUGUCCUCGUUUGUGUCUAAUUUAGUAAGCUGUUUUUCCCAGUGUUUAGUUGCAAGUAUUGGCUUUGAAAGGAACUUUUCUGUUUUUGAAGAAAAAAA